GUGUUCUACCUAUUAAACCUCCACGGCCCGAACUUUCCUUCGCUUUCCCGCAAGGAAUCCCGGCAGCCAAACACUCGAUAACGAUCUUAAUCUGAGCAAAUCGGAGAAGACGAAGAUGUGGAAUCAGGCGUUUCGGAAGAGUGAUCCGGAGGCCGGACUGAGGCCGCUUUACCCUAUGAUGCUUGAGAGCCCCGAGCUCCGGUGGUCCUUCAUCCGCAAAAUCUACGCGAUCGUUGCCAUCCAAUUACUCGCCACCAUCGCUGUAGGCGCCGUCGUCGUUUCGGUCCGGCCGGUGGCUAACUUCUUUGUCAGCACCGGCGCCGGCCUGGCGCUCUACAUCGUUCUCAUCAUCACGCCUUUCAUCGUGCUGUGCCCGCUGUACUAUUACCACCAGAAGCAUCCGGUUAAUUACCUUUUACUGGGAAUUUUUACCAUCUCACUGGCAUUUGUCGUCGGUUUGACUUGUGCAUUUACUAGCGGGAAGGUGAUUUUGGAGUCAGUUAUUCUGACGGCAGUGGUCGUAAUUGGUCUGACCUUGUACACAUUUUGGGCUGCAAGGAGAGGCCAAGAUUUCAACUUUCUUGGUCCUUUCUUGUUCGGAGCUCUACUGGUUCUGAUUGUAUUUGGUCUGAUUCAGGUUUUCUUCCCGCUUGGUAAGAUAUCAGUGAUGAUAUAUGGUUGCUUGGCGUCGAUCAUAUUUUGUGGGUAUAUUGUGUAUGACACGGACAACUUGAUCAAGCGAUACUCUUACGACGAGUACAUUUGGGCUGCAGUUUCCUUGUAUUUGGAUAUCAUCAACCUCUUCCUAGCUCUUCUCACCGUUUUUAGGGCGGCCGACAGUUGAGAAGAUAUUCUUGAUUGGUUCGUCUCUUUUGUUCCCCCAAAUGCGAUUACAUAUUGUCGUCGUUAUGGUUUAGGAUUAAUUGUGAAUGUCAUAAACAACUAAACUCUUAUAAUACACUGAUUAAUAGUUGAUGUUCAUGGAA